AUGGCGCUCGACAACUACUACCGCAAUAAGAUAGAGAGCAUGAAGCUCGAAAUCAUUCAAGGCCAGGCUGUCCUACGCAGACUCGAAGCACAGCGCAACGACUACAACUCGCGGGUCCGUCUACUGCGAGAGGAGCUGGGGUUGCUCCAACAGCCCGGUUCGUACGUUGGUGAAGUUGUCAAGGUGAUGAGUACCAAGAAGGUUCUUGUCAAGGUACACCCGGAAGGAAAAUAUGUCGUGGAUAUUGCAGAAGGAGUCGAUAUCACAAAGCUCACUGUUGGCAAACGCGUCGCCCUGCUUUCUGAUUCUUAUAAACUGGAGAAGAUGUUGCCAUCGUCUGUUGACCCGCUUGUUUCGCUCAUGAUGGUGGAGAAGGUACCCGACAGCACAUACGACAUGAUCGGUGGUCUGGACCAGCAAAUCAAGGAAAUCAAGGAAGUUAUCGAGCUUGGCCUCAAACAUCCCGAACUAUUCGAAUCCUUGGGUAUUGCGCAGCCAAAGGGUGUCCUCCUCUACGGGCCUCCUGGUACCGGAAAGACACUGCUUGCCCGAGCGGUCGCUCAUCAUACAGAUUGUCGGUUCAUCAGGGUCAGUGGUUCGGAGCUUGUACAAAAGUACAUUGGAGAAGGUAGUCGCAUGGUGCGUGAGCUGUUCGUCAUGGCUCGUGAACACGCCCCUAGCAUUAUCUUCAUGGACGAGAUUGACAGCAUUGGGUCUAGCCGUAUCGACUCGGCUGGUUCUGGUGAUUCAGAGGUGCAGCGGACGAUGCUGGAGCUGCUGAAUCAGCUGGAUGGUUUCGAGCCGACGAAGAACAUCAAAAUUAUUAUGGCUACGAAUCGACUGGAUAUCUUGGAUCCCGCCUUGCUGCGGCCGGGAAGAAUUGACCGAAAGAUCGAGUUCCCUCCACCAUCGGUGGAAGCUCGUGCGGAUAUUCUACGGAUUCACUCACGAUCAAUGAAUCUGACGCGAGGCAUCAACUUGACCAAGAUCGCAGAGAAGAUGAAUGGAUGCUCGGGGGCGGAGCUGAAGGGUGUGUGCACGGAGGCGGGCAUGUACGCUCUCCGAGAACGCAGAGUUCAUGUUACCCAAGAGGACUUCGAUUUGGCCACCGCCAAGAUCCUCAACAAGCAUGAUGAUAAGGAGGUUGCCGUCUCGAAACUCUUCAAGUAG